AUGCUCACUGCAAUCUGCCUGGCGGUCGCAUUCUGCUGGUUAUGGUUCAAGGCGUCGAAAAUUGGAAAACGGCCAAAGGGAUUCCCUCCGGGACCACCUACCAUCCCUCUUCUAGGCAACCUGCAUCUUUUCCCAAAAGAAUAUGCGCAUCAUCAGCUGACUGCAUGGUCGCGAGAAUUUGGUGAUAUAUACUCGCUCAUGCUAGGACCCGUCGUCGCGGUUGUGAUAUCGAGCGCAGCAGCAUCCAGAGAACUUCUGGAUAGACGAAGCGCAUCGACUGUGGACAGGCCUCCACACUUCAUGGCACAUGAGAUCACUGGCGGAUUGAACCUUGUUUUGGCCCGGUACUCGGAGCAAUGGAGACUUAUCAGGAAAGCUGCCCAUUCUAUGCUUACACCUCAAGCUUCGGACAAAUAUAUUCCCAUUCAAAAAGCGGAGUCUGUGCAGCUCAUGUACGACAUCCUCAAUAAACCCGAACGUACCUGGUGGCACAUCCGACGUUACUCCAGUUCCGUUAUACUCUCCGUCCUGUAUGGUAAACGUGCCCCAAGGUACGAGACAAAGGAAACUAUGGAUUUCUUUCACGUUCAGCACCUAUGGGAGCACGUGCUCGAACCCGGAGCCCAUCCUCCGAUUGAUAUACUACCUUUCCUGAGGUAUACGCCCGAAAGAUGGGCUCCGUGGAAAUCGCUCUGCCGUGAGGUUCGUCGACUCCAAAGAGAACUCUAUUUUGGCCUUCUAGAAGAGUGCGAACAAAGAGUCGCGGACGGAUCAGCAGAUGGGCAGGAAUCGUUCAUGGAUGAGGUGGUGAGGCAUCGAGAUGAUCUCGGAUUGACCCAAGAAAUGGCAGGGUAUCUUGGCGGUGUCCUGGUUGAGGGAGGCAGUGACACGACAUCGUCUUUCAUUCAGUCUCUUGUUCUUGCGUUGGGAACAUUUCCAGAAGUACAGCGCCAAGCCCAGGAAGAAGUAGACCGAAUCGUCGGAACUCGUCGGAUGCCUACUCCGGAAGACUAUGAUCGAAUGCCUUAUGUUCAGGCAUUGAUCAAAGAAACACAUAGGUUCAGGCCCGUUGCACCUUUGGCAAUACCUCAUGGAUGUCUAGUCGAUGAAACUUACCGCGGAUACCUUAUUCCCCGAGGCUGCACAAUAUUUUACAAUAUUUGGGGCAUUCUUCAUGACCCGGAAAUUUUUGAUGCGCCCGAGACAUUCAAUCCUGAGCGGUACUUGCGCUCGGAGUUCGGGACGAAGCAAGGAAUUGACGAUACCGAUUUUCGACAUACGCUACCCUUCGGUGCGGGGCGAAGGAUUUGUCCCGGAAUUCACCUCGCCAAUAACUCUCUGAUCAUUAACGCGAUGAAUCUUGUGUGGGGCUUCAACUUCAAGCCAUUGCAAGAGGCUACCAAAGACCCAUUUGACACUUAUGCCUAUGAAAAGGCGAGUGGCCCCUGGAACGCAGAUUACAUGCUCAAUCCGCUCCUCAGGGAAUUUUGA